AUGCAAAGUUUACCCUUUUUCGUAUUUAUCAUCCUAUCACAAAGCUUAAUGUUUAAUGUGUACAGUUCGUCUCUCCAUCAAAAUUCUUCACAUAAUAUUUUACAAGAUUCAUAUCCAUUUCCUUCUGAUUUCCUUUUUGGCACAGCUUCUUCCGCUUACCAGUAUGAAGGUGCGUUCUUAGCCGAAGGGAAAGGAUUGAACAAUUGGGAUAUAUUUACUCAUGAAAAUCCGGGGAAAAUUCGUGAUGAGAAUAAUGGAGACAUGGCUGUGGAUCAAUAUCAUCGAUUUAUGGAGGACAUUCAAUUAAUGACUUCCCUUGGGGUCAACAGUUACAGAUUUUCGAUUUCUUGGUCUAGGGUCUUACCAAGAGGAAGAUUUGGAGGUAUUAAUUAUUCGGGAAUAAAGUAUUACGACAGAUUAAUCGAUGCUCUCAUUAGUAGAGGGAUUAAACCAUUCGUGACGUUGAACCAUUUAGACUAUCCUCAAGAAUUCGAGAACCGGUUUCAAAGCUGGUUAAGCCGGGAGAUGCAGGACGAUUUUGGUUACUUGGCUGAUUUAUGUUUUAAACAUUUUGGUGACCGAGUUAAACACUGGACCACAUUCAACGAACCAAACCAACAAAUAAUCUUGAGCCAUCUAAAAGGCACAUUUCCACCGUCGCGCUGCUCCUUACCAUAUGGAAACUGUAGUCAGGGGAACUCAGAAACCGAACCUUUCAUAGCUGCGCAUAACAUGAUCCUCGCACAUGCAAAGGCGGUUCACAUAUAUCGAAUCAAAUAUCAGGAAAAACAAAGAGGGAUCAUCGGCAUUGUGGUGCAAACAUCAUGGUUUGAACCUAUUAGCGAUUCCAUUGAGGAUAGAGAAGCUGCCGAGAGAGCUCAAUCUUUUUAUUCGAAUUGGAUUCUAGAUCCAAUUAUUUACGGAAAAUAUCCAAAAGAAAUGGUGACUAUACUUGGAUCUAACUUACCGCGAUUUUCGAGAAUGGAAAUGGAGAACAUAAGAAAGUCAGGAUUAGAUUUUGUGGGCAUUAAUCAUUAUACAAGUUACUUCGUUCAAGAUUGUCUGUUCUCAACUUGUAAUGCUGGAGAUGGAGCUUUUAAAGCAGAAGGAUUUGCACUCAAGUUAGACCGAAAAGGCAAUGUUUCCAUCGGAGAACUUACCGAUGUAAAUUGGCAGCACAUUCAUCCUGAAGGGUUUCAAAAAAUGUUGAAUUACCUAAAAAAUAGGUACCACAACAUAACGAUGUUCAUAACCGAAAACGGUUUUGGAGACUUGCAAAAACCCGAGACAACUGUUAAAGAACUUCUAAAUGAUACUAAAAGGAUACAAUACAUGAGUGGAUACUUGGAUGCUUUGCAGUCAGCAAUAAGGGAUGGAGCAAAUGUGAAGGGCUAUUUCGCAUGGUCGCUAUUAGAUAAUUUUGAGUGGUUGUAUGGAUAUAAGCUUCGAUUUGGGCUAUUCCACGUGGAUUAUACAACUCUCGAAAGGACACCGAAACUUUCAGCCUCGUGGUACAAAAACUAUAUCGAAGAGCACAUUAGAAGAAGAGAUUAUUAG